AUGGCGGCGGAGGACGGCGCGAGGUCGCCCACCAGGAUGCUGGCGGAGGGGCAUCUGCGGAUCGCCACAGGCGAGCGGGCGCCGGCGGACGGCGGGAUCGCCGUCCGCCACAUCCCACACCACCACACCGCUAAGAAAGGUACAGUGCUUUGCUGUCCUCUAGAGGGUGAUUUGAUGAUGCACGUAGCAGAGUGCACUGUAAGCGGUAGAAGACCAUCAUCGAGUAUACUAGUUCAUGGUGGCGGGAAAAGCCGAUGCUGGUUGAUUUUUGUUUGGUUUGAUGUCGGUGGAGUCCUGAUUUUGUAUGUAGGCGACGGUUUCUGUCAUGCAAUUGAUAGUGGAUUUGUUGGUUUCGAAGAUGGUGGGAAAAUUGAACAAGACAACCUUGGAGAUGCAAAUCCGUUACCAUCCCAAGAGUUGGGCAAAUUAGUUAAUGGAACUAAAAAGGUUCCUGCUACAUUAGAUGACUACAGGAAGCUUGUAGUUCCAGUAAUUGAGGAGUAUUUUAGUACAGGAGAUGUGGAACUGUCAGUUUCCGAGCUAAGGAGUCUUGGAUCCGAUCAGUUUCACAAUUACUUUGUGAAGAAGCUCAUAUCCAUGGCAAUGGACCACCAUGAUAAAGAAAAAGAAAUGGCGUCAAUUCUGCUGUCUGCCUUGUAUGCUGAUCUAUUGGACUCCUCCAGGAUGAGUGAAGGUUUUAUGAUGCUUCUAGAGUCAACAGAAGAUCUAUCUGUGGAUAUACCAGACGCUAUUGAUGUCUUGGCUGUUUUUGUGGCACGUGCCAUUGUUGAUGAAAUACUGCCUCCUGUUUUUCUCACUCGAGCUAGAGCAUUGCUUCCAGAAUCUUCAAAAGGUAUUGAAGUUCUGCAGGUUGCUGAGAAGAGUUACUUGUCAGCUCCUCACCAUGCGGAGUUAGUUGAACGCAAGUGGGGCGGGAGCACACACUUUACUGUAGAAGAGGCGAAAAAGAGGAUCCAGGAUAUUCUGAGGGAGUACAUUGAGAGUGGAGAUACAGAUGAAGCCUUUAGGUGCAUAAGGGAGCUGGGCCUCCCAUUCUUCCAUCAUGAGGUUGUGAAACGUGCUCUCAUCCUUGGUAUGGAGAAUCUGUCGUCACAGCCAUUAAUCCUGAAGUUGUUGAAGGAAUCAACAACUGGCUGUUUGAUCAGUUCUAAUCAAGUGUCGAAGGGUUUUUCUCGGGUUGCUGACAGUGUUGAUGACCUGAGCCUUGAUGUUCCUUCAGCCAAAACACUUUUUGACAAGCUGCUUUCCACAGCCAUAUCUGAAGGGUGGCUUGAUGCUUCGUUCUGUAAAUCUGCUGCCCCUGGUGAAGAUAUGUGGAAUGCAAGCAAUGAAAAGGUGAAGCAUUUUAAAGAAGAGUCUGGUCACAUAAUUCAGGAGUAUUUCCUCUCAGAUGACGUCCCGGAACUCAUUAGAAGCCUUCAAGAGCUUUCUGCCCCUGAAUACAACGCCAUUUUCCUAAAGAAGCUCAUCACGCUUGCUAUGGACAGGAAGAACAGGGAGAAGGAGAUGGCUUCUGUACUUCUUUCUUCACUCAGCUUGGAACUAUUUUCCACAGGUGAUAUCAUGAAGGGAUUCAUAAUGCUCCUGCAGUCAGCAGAAGACACUGCCCUCGACAUUGUGGAUGCUCCUAGUGAACUCGCCCUCUUCCUGGCCAGGGCAGUGAUCGAUGAAGUCUUGCUUCCACUGAAUUUGGAUGACAUCAGUAGCAAGCUGCGCCCGAACAGCAGUGGUAGUCAAACUGUCCAGAUGGCCAGCUCUCUGCUUGCGGCCCGCCAUUCUGGUGAGAGGAUACUGCGCUGCUGGGGUGGGGGCACUGGCUGGGCUGUGGAAGAUGCAAAGGACAAGAUCUCCAAGCUUCUUGAGGAGUACAACACAGGCGGCGACCUGAAGGAAGCCUGCCAGUGCAUCCGCGACCUCGGGAUGCCCUUCUUCAACCAUGAAGUGGUGAAGAAAGCGCUGGUGAUGGCGAUGGAGAAGCAGAAUGAAGCUAGCAUCUUGGCUCUGCUGCAGGAGUGCGCCGCUGAGGGGCUGAUAACCAUCAACCAGAUGACCAACGGCUUCGCUCGCGUCAAGGAAGGCCUGGACGAUCUGACCCUCGACAUCCCCAACGCGCAGGAGAAGUUCAGAGGCUAUGUGGAGCUCGCGACAGAGCGCGGCUGGCUGCUAUCUUCCUUCGCCUCCCUGCCCUGA